AUGGUAUAUGGGCACAGCCUCCUUCACGGUAAGUCGCUUCCAUUGAACAUAAUUCACUGCCUUGCGCCUACAUCAAAUGCCUUAAUUGAGUAGCUUAGGCUAGCCCAAUAUUCAUGAUUUUAUGAGUUGACGUAGAAUUCUGGUUGCCUAUAGCUGUCAGUUCACAUAUAGUGGGAGAUGUGUAACGAAUGUGAUAUCCAUGCACCCAUACCCCUUGACAAUUUGUGUAGCAUCUACUGUACCUAUAUUCAAACAGCAUGCGUAGGCUACUUUUCCAUAGCAUUACAUGCAGAUACAUUAUGGUAUAGCCUGAAGACUCCAGGUGUAUACGUUUUCCAUUUGUAUGAUGAAUAGUGCAUUAAAGCCCAAUUAUGUGUUGCCCGGGGUCUGCUCUACGAUGUGGUUAAUAGGUAUGUAUGUUUGCCUAUUCGUUGCACAUCCAAUUCCAUUAAAAAAGUUAAGAAACUUUGGAGAAUCAAUUGGUUACAAAUUAUGUAUUUUUUAAUUCAUUUCAUUUAUUUAAAACCCCGUUUAAAAGGGCAAUGUAACAUUCUAGCCAUGCAUGAUACAUUCAAUAUUUUGAAUUCUUUAGAGUAUUAUGUCAUAGGCUACAUCUAUGUUGAAUGAAUGCAAAUAUAGCAAUUUGUAUUAUCCACAAAACAAAAUUAAUGUGUUUAUCUUGUUGCAGUUGUUGCAAGUCUACUCAUACUUGGGUUGUCUGGGGCAACGAAGAAGAGUGUAAGGCAAUGACUAGGGUCACGAGCAGCGCUCUGGCCCGAGGAGAGAGACGAGCUGGAGAGAGGGCUCGGGAGCAGCGCUAGAGGAGGGGCGAGAGAGGGACAGAGAGAGCGACGAGAGAGCUCUCUCUCGCGAGCGCUGCUGAGGGAGAUCUCUGCCUUCUCGCUCUCUCUCUUCGCUCUCUCUCUCUCGCUCUCUCUCUCUCUCGCUAUAUAUAGGAUAUAUAGAUAUUAUAGAUAUAGAUAUAUAUAUAUAUAUAUAUAUAUAUAUUUAUAUAUUUGUAUCUAUCUAUAUAAUCAACUGAACUCUGCUAUUGGGUUUUCAGUGAAGAACAAUUCGGGAGUGAAACCUGCAGGUCAAUGUGGCACCUGGGUGAAGGAAGGAGACGGGGGACUGUUCACUUCUCCCAACUACCCCAGCAAAUAUCCCCCAGGAAUAGAGUGUGUUUACAUCAUUGAAGGUGAAUAAUUUUCAAAGCAACUAACUAACCUCAAUGUAAAGCCAUGUAUGUCAUUUGUUGAGAUCAGUAGAUGACAUCCUCUAAACAAAUACAGAUUUUUUUAAAUUCACCGCCAGGAAUAAGGAAUACAGAGUUUUGUCCCUCAAUUUUGAUAGCCUUUUAGUACUGAAAUCUGACUCUUAAAUAGUGUUCCAGGAACCUAAAUCUUUAUCAUCUCAGAUCCAGGUGAGAAAUUAAAACCAUCUGUCUGUUAAACUCCUUGUUGUCUUCUUGAGCUCAGGCGUCGGUGAAUGUGGACGGGCUCAGGUUGCUCUGUGGAUGGAUGUCUCUCCUCAUGUUUCAGAGAGAAAUCUGGACCAGAUGUUGAGAUAUGUGUUCGUAGUAUAACUGAUGGGAUUGGUCAGUUCAGUUGCUGUGCUGUUGAUGUUUGUCUGAUGAUGGUAAUGAAAUCAGACGGCGAGUUGCAAUCUCAGUCAUUUAAUUUAGGUUCUGGGAGGUUUAUAUUUGAUUCAUCAGUGGAGGAGAUUAGGUUACGGCCCUAAUGAUAUUAACAAAAUGAAUACACAAAAGAUCAUCUCUACUGAGACACAAUUGCUGGACUGGAGGAACUAUACUAGAACAAUAUAAUCUGGUUUGUACUAUACUGAACUGGAUUUAUAGAUGAAAUGUGGAUGAUGGUCCAGACUUUUAGCCUGAUCCACCAUCCUGACCUGACUGAAUGUAAGCCUGUGAGAUCAGGAUGGUGGAAUGAGACAACCGGAUUUUACCCACACUGAUCAUUAGGAUAGAAAUAGAAGUUGCUUGCUUGAAAUACUUGGAAAGUGUUUCACAGAGAGAAAAAAAAAGAAAAGGUAUUUUUUAUUCGAGGUCGAUCAGUGGUCACAAAAAAAGUCACCAAAGUUGGGAUUGUGUUUUCUUAGUAGUUCAUUCAGUUCACUCCAAGACAACUUACAGUGUGUGUCUAUUUACAUUGCAGAGCAAAAUGAUUUAAAAUGAGUUAACCCCCACAGGCUGCAUUUACUGUAAGAAAUCGUAAUUGCACACUGCUUAAUGGUGCUUCACAUGUUCUCCCUGUGUUAUAUGCCUUAUAGGCCUACAGCAUUAUGCAAUAUAGCUACACGUAUACGUUAUAAACAGUAUGAGCAUUAUAUUCACUAUCUGUGUUAUCUACUCUGUCUCCUCCAGCUCCUCCCAGGCUGUGUAUUGAUCUGUUCUUUGAUGAGAGGUACUCUAUCGAGCCUUCAUGGGAAUGUAAGUUCGACAACAUCGAGGUGCGGGACGGCCCCUUUGGCUUCUCCCCAAUCAUCGGACGCUACUGUGGCCAGACCGUCCCUCCCUUCAUCAGGAGCAGCGGACGGUACCUCUGGAUAAAAUUUGUUUCCGACGGCGAACUGGAGGCGAUUGGAUUUUCGGUAAACUACAACUUCACUGCA